AAUUAAACACAGCUGGAACACAACAAAACAGGCCUAAAAACUUGGCUUCGCAAGCCCAAUUGUACCCAGCGAUAGGCAUAUGAAAGUAACAAGCGUGCUAAACGGCCGGGGAUUUUGGCCUGGAUUUGGCCGAACAGGUUAAUUGUGAAAACAACUCGCAGUGUUCACCUCUAAAUGGAUUCCUCAAAACCCUCCAUUUUAUAGAAUCAAGAAAGAGGGAGAGCACAAAUUCGAUUUGCAGGAUUAACACAUGAAAUUUUUAAUGCGAAACCUACUCCUACUGCAACUGCUUUCUUUAGGAAAUGCCGACAUCUACUCGAGUUUAUCGUUAAUCCACGCGUUAGUUUUUUCUUUUAAUUAUUGAUUAGGAAUUUCGCACAUAAAAAGAGAGAUUUUAAAAUGGGAAGUAAAGAAGAAUUUUUGGAGGAGCUGCUCGACGUUGAAAUGAAGCUCCAAGAUGUUCAAGGCCAAAUAAAGUCGUUGCUUGAUCAUCAAGAAGAGCUGUAUGAGAGACAAUCUGAACUGAAAGCUCUGUUAGAACAUUUUGAAUCGUCUAGAAGCUGUGGUGAGGAUGAAACUUCUGUUUCCAUGAGGAAAUGGUCUGGAACUUUCGAAUGGGACUCCCGGGCUGAUGAUAUUAGGUUUAAUGUUUUUGGCAUAUCUUCAUAUCGCGUAAAUCAACGUGAGAUUAUAAAUGCGAUCAUGAGUGGAAGAGAUGUCCUCGUAAUAAUGGCUGCUGGUGGAGGCAAGAGUCUGUGCUACCAACUUCCUGCAGUCCUUCGCAAUGGAGUCACUCUUGUCGUCAGUCCUUUACUUUCUCUUAUUCAAGAUCAGGUAAUGAGUUUGGGAGCAUUAGGCAUCCCGUCAUUCAUGUUGACGUCAACAACAACCAAGGAAGAUGAGAAGUUCAUAUAUAAAGCUCUUGAAAAGGGUGAAGGGGAGCUCAACAUAUUAUAUGUCACUCCUGAAAAGAUAUCAAAGAGCAAGAGAUUUAUGUCAAAACUUGAAAAAUGUCACCAUACUGGUCGCCUAUCUCUAAUUUCUAUUGAUUUGACUGAUGUUACAUGGAAAGCUGUGGUGUUGGUUACUAUUUUGGGUGUUGGGACAGAUAGCAAGUCCAGAAUUUAUUUAGAAAAAGAACCGCUACUUGGCGAUCUACCAGGGAGAACAAAAUUUUUGCCUUUAUUGGGUUAUGCACCAAAGGGGUUUAAAGACUUUCCUUUAUCUUUAGCUUUUCUUGGUUGGGAGAGGGUUACCCGUUAUCUUGAUCGAGUUUAUUGUGUUGAUUUUCUAUUAAGCUUGAUAAACUGGACUACUUGGAAACAGAGACUGCAGUUGUUGAGAGAACCUAAUCUUUGGAAAAUUCAAAGGGUGUAUAUAUACCAACUUGGUACAGUGGAUUCACGAGGAAACAGAGAUGCAACUACGAGGAGAUUGUUUUAUGGUGUAGAAAGAAGGAUCAUUUUUUUAUGUGGGUCCCACUCUUGUUGCGAGUUAAGUACAAUAAUCUUGUUAAUGAGUGCUGAAUUGCAAUAUAUUAUUCAAGUAGCUNAGGAGUGUGAACAGGUCGCAAAAGAAUUGCGUGACAGGGGGGUUUCGGCUGAUUACUAUCAUGCAGACAUGGAUGUCAAUGCUCGUGAGAAAGUUCAUCUGCGAUGGAGCAAAAGCAAGUUACAAGUCAUUGUUGGCACGGUUGCAUUUGGCAUGGGAAUCAACAAACCAGAUGUCAGGUUUGUCAUCCAUCACAGCUUAAGCAAAUCAAUGGAAACGUAUUAUCAGGAGAGUGGUAGAGCUGGAAGAGAUGGACUUCCUUCUGAAUGUUUGUUAUACUUUCGAGCAGCAGAUGUUCCUAGGCAGAGCUCAAUGGUCUUCUACGAAAAUUCCGGAUUGCAGAAUCUCUAUGACAUCGUGCGAUAUUGUCUGACCAAAACACAAUGCCGUCGAGGUGCUUUCUUCAGACACUUUACUGAGUCUUUACAAGACUGCAAUGGAAUGUGUGAUAACUGUGCCUUCUCUAGUGAGGUCAGGGAAUUGGAUGUCUCUGGUUGCUCCACGGGAGACCAAAGCAGGAAACAAAUGACGAAUGAAUAUCUAGCCCGCCAUCUGUGAGGAAAGAUUGUAUACUCACAAAGGGAGAGAAUUUGAGCACUAGCUUCUGGACUGAAUUUUAGUUGUCUUUCUCGUCUUCCUGGUAUUUUUUAAUAGCUUCACUGAUUAAUGCCCACAAUUUUCAUCCAGACUGAUUAAGUGAAGCCCCAUUUCCAACAAAUUUUGACAAUCUAUUCUUCUACUGAAGCCCACUUGUCUUGUACUAACUAGAAGAC